ACUGAACCGUUUGGCUCUUUUCUCUACUAGCGAGCAAGCCUACAAUCUAGACCCAACUGUCCAUCCAGCUCAAUUUUAAGGGGAUUUAUUACAAUAUAUGCCCGUGUAUUUAAACACAUCGGUCAUUGGGGAUUCCCGGCACAGUUCGGCCCGGCGUGUAGGCCUUUAUAACGCUUUUUUCGAGGUUUAAUUAGAGCUAGAAAACAACGGUUGGUGGAGGAGGAGGAGAUUCCAUAUUAGGAGCACAGAGGAGAAGGCACCCCCCUUGUGUGAUUUGGAGCUUUUGGUUCUGAGCUGAUGGUAUUCGGGCCCUGAGUGAAAAUAGUGGUGGUGAAAACAGACUUACUACUGUGGCUAGGUGUGUGCGUGCUGACCUCAUGGUGUAACAGGAGUAAAGAUGAGCAUUAGCAGUGAUGAGGUCAAUUUCCUGGUCUACAGAUACCUACAGGAGUCAGGGUUCUCCCACUCAGCAUUUACAUUUGGUAUAGAGAGUCAUAUCAGCCAGUCCAACAUUAAUGGUGCUCUGGUUCCCCCUGCUGCCCUCAUCAGCAUCAUCCAGAAGGGCCUGCAGUAUGUCGAGGCUGAAGUCAGCAUCAAUGAGGACGGCACGUUAUUUGAUGGGCGGCCGAUCGAGUCUCUGUCCUUGAUUGAUGCCGUGAUGCCGGAUGUGGUUCAGACCAGGCAACAGGCAUACAGGGACAAGAUGGCCCAGCAGCAGGCUGCUGCUUCUGCACCAGCGUCGACCACUGGGGGCAGCAUUGCCGGCAGUGCCAAGAAUGGAGAGAAUACUGCCAACGGGGAGGAGAACGGAGCCCAUGCCUUAGCUAACAACCAUGCAGACCUGAUGGAGGUGGAUGGAGACGUAGAGAUCCCUCAGAACAAGGCCAUGGUCCUCAGGGGCCACGAGUCCGAGGUCUUCAUCUGUGCCUGGAAUCCAGUCAGUGAUCUACUGGCAUCAGGGUCUGGAGAUUCGACAGCUCGGAUUUGGAACCUGAGUGAGAACAGUACAAGCAGCUCGACACAGCUGGUCCUGAGACACUGCAUACGAGAAGGAGGACAGGAUGUCCCCAGCAACAAAGACGUCACCUCACUAGACUGGAAUAGUGAAGGCACGCUGUUAGCAACAGGCUCCUAUGACGGCUUCGCUAGAAUAUGGACAAAAGAUGGUAACCUGGCCAGUACACUCGGCCAACACAAAGGUCCUAUCUUUGCUCUUAAGUGGAAUAAAAAAGGCAAUUUCAUCCUCAGCGCAGGAGUAGACAAGACAACAAUCAUAUGGGAUGCCCACACAGGAGAAGCCAAACAACAGUUUCCUUUCCACUCAGCUCCAGCACUAGAUGUGGAUUGGCAGAGCAACAACACAUUUGCCUCUUGUAGUACAGACAUGUGCAUCCACGUCUGUAAAUUGGGACAGGACAGACCCAUUAAAACAUUCCAGGGACACACAAAUGAAGUCAAUGCAAUCAAGUGGGAUCCCACAGGGAACCUUCUGGCCUCCUGUUCAGACGACAUGACGUUGAAGAUCUGGAGUAUGAAGCAGGACUCGUGUGUUCAUGACCUGCAGGCCCACAGUAAAGAAAUCUACACCAUCAAAUGGAGUCCAACUGGACCUGGAACCAACAAUCCCAGCGCUAACCUUAUGCUAGCAAGUGCAUCGUUUGACUCCACAGUCCGUCUUUGGGACGUGGAGAGAGGCAUCUGUAUCCACACGCUGACUAAACACCAGGAGCCAGUCUACAGUGUGGCUUUCAGCCCAGACGGUCGGCAUCUGGCCAGCGGCUCCUUCGACAAAUGUGUGCACAUCUGGAACACGCAGACGGGUGCUUUAGUCCACAGUUACAGAGGGACGGGGGGAAUCUUCGAGGUUUGCUGGAACGCAGCAGGAGACAAAGUGGGAGCGAGCGCGUCAGACGGAUCUGUGUGUGUACUAGACCUUCGGAAAUAGUGCUGCUGUUCGCUGGAAGCCAUGGACCGACCAUGAAUGUGUACAUAGCCAAAUGACUGUCCCUGCCUGCCCUGCGUACUGCUCACGCUUACGACUAUGGCCCCGCCCACUGACAAGACAGGAAGCAGGAAAACAGGAACAGGAAGCGAGCACUCGGCACAGCAGGUCCAGACACGGGGAUGAUGAACACACGGACGGACGGAUGGAUGGACGGGCAGACGGACGUGGCCCUCUAUCUGUGCAGACUCUAUCAGAGAUGCAGAAGGGACGCGCAGAAAAAAAACAAAAAAACUCAUAGACAAAAAAAAAAAAGUUCCAGAUCCGUAUAUGUACCAAAAUUUGGAAGCUAUUUUGCUUUUUUUUUGAUCUUUCAACCAUGCUCAUCGUCAUCAAAAGGAAAAACAAUGAAAAAAGUGUUGAUCUUUGUUACUAGUUGGAUCUCAUUGUGCAGACAUAUCAACUUCUCCACCAUACUAUAGGAUGGCACUUAGUUUUUUUAAAUUUCCGAUCUCUCGUUUCAAUGUUUUUAUAUUUUUUAUCUUGUGGGGAUGGGGGAGGGGCCGCUCAGCUCAGAGUUUUAUCCAGUGGAGAAGUACAUAAAAAACCAUACUGGGACAUGCACACCAAACAGUUCUCAAACAGUGUCCUCUUAAUGAUUUCAAUCCUCAAGGCUUUUUCUUUUUUUUUUUUUUCUUUCGUCUUUUCAUGGGUGUCACUAGCUCUUUCUCUGCAGCGGCGAGUGGUUCCGAUGUUUACCUUGAAAUGCAGUAAAAUCAUCUGUCUCCAUUCAACUCGGACGCCGGUACAUCUAGACGCUUCGACAUCAGUUUAACAAAAAAAAAAAAAAAGUCUCUAGAUGUUUUCUCUCUGUAACUGUUAGCCGUCGCAGCUCGAACUGGCGAGAAGACGACUGUUGUUCGGAGCAGCUGGGCGGAGUCUGUCCGCGGUUAACGCAACAGGAAGUCGGAUUCCUAACAGCUCUUUUGUAGUCCUACAAAACAUACAUGAAUAAUAACUGUGUUACACUAUGAAUAGAGUCCUCGUAUUAUUACAUAGACGAUAAAGGCUCAGUUUUUUUUACCUUCAAAGGCCUCAAAUGGAAAAGCAGAUGCAAAGUUGGUCGUGACGCUCUGCAGGCAGAAAGAAUCAAACCGGAGAGAGUGGAGCCGAAAAGGGUCAAGAACUGAUCAGCUGUAGAGUCGGGG